GUCAUAUUUAUCCUCUAUAUCCAUCUCCUGCCACAACAACCAGCUUGUAGCCUCAGGACAGCUCGCAAAGGUGACGCUUUACCUAUAUACAUGGCCUCUGGACUUGGAGUACGAGCGGUAAGAAGCUUGGGACAGGCAGCGGGGAUAUCGAGCGGCCGACGGCUCUGUCCUGCUUGCUUGGGGUUUAGACAUAUUCAGGCGAGAGAGUAUAGCCAUGGUCCGUCUUCAAGACGGGCGAGGUCAUCGGAAUUCGCUCCGACACCUCUGAAACCGACAAAAGCUGCGCCAAAAGUCAAAGUAGCCGACUCUUUGCUUCGCGCCCAAUUCCAAACCGUCUUCCACAACCCUACUAAACCUAUCGACUCUCACCAAGCGCUCCAUGCGGCAUACCCCCUCAUUUUUCGCCGGAAUAUCCGUCCUCUUCUCGAUCCGCAUACCAAGACGAUACCGCUCCUUGUCGCUCCCAUAUUACAACAAGCCGAUACGACAGACGAAGAGAGACGGCAAGCGCUGGUACUGCUAGGUCACUGCUAUGGGAAAGUAGCGGUAGAUUUGCUGUUUAUGGGCCCAGAAGUGCAGCAUGUGGCUGAACUGUUUGCCUGGGGGUUGAUGCUUGAAGUGAAUCGGUUCAACGACGAUCGGGAGAAAUUACGGGCAUUGCAGGAUACGCUGGAAGCGGUGUUAAAGCGACUGGCGAAUAAUGGGGCUACGCCCGUACUGCAGGCGCCUAUCGCUGCAGCCUGGGUGGUGUUGCGAUCCAAGACGGGUACGUCGACCGUGCCGGAGAACGCAUACGUCUGGCCUGCACAAGCGUCAGUCGAAGAAUACCUCUCCAAAGUGAUUCCUGCGGGAGAGACAGUCGACUCUUACCAGAGUCAGAUCGAGACGCUUUUGGGGAAAUCUGAAGCGAUUGCCGAUCGGAUACCGAGGUCGAAGGAUGCGCUCGAUACCGAACUCGCGAGUAUGCGCAAUCGAGGCGAUUGGUCGGGAAUCAUCAACCUCUGGGGACGCGUCCAGGCUGGUAUGCUGCGUGAUGCGGUGCAAAGCCAAGUCGGGAUCCUCGACCCUUUGCCGGAAAUACGAUUCCCAGUGCUCGCAUCGUUUCUCCUUGCGUUUAAACGGCCAUUUAUGCGGUCCGCAUCUCUAGCGGCUAUCGCUAACCCGCCUCCUACGUCUUUCGACACGUAUGCAGCUCAAGUUUUAGCAAAGUGUCCUCGGCCUUUACCGCGUACGAUUGCGUAUACCCUCAUAUUCCUCCGGGUUAGACCGGGUGAUAAUGUGGGACUGAGGGCGGGGCAUGAGGUCAUGUCGCUCGAUAUGGACGAAAGAAGCGACGCGAGUGAGAAUGCGUUGGGAAACUUGAAAGCGACGUGGAAGGAAACGGGGGAGAGGGAUUUGAAAAUGUACAUGAUGUACAUCGAGGGGUUGGGUAGGCUGGGAGAUUUACAUGGGCUGCAGCAAGCGUGGAACGAGUUGGUUGGCGAUGAAGAGUGUAAAAAGAUUUAUCUUUCUGAAGAACGUUUGCCAUCCAAAGCCCCCUUUCCGCCCAUCCAUGCACUUAAUCAGAUGAUUUCCGCCUGCCUACUCAUCCCCAACGAUGGCCCCCCCCUCGCGCUCGACCUCUUUUCCCAAGCGUCCCGCCCUGACUCGGCCAUCCGAUGUAACCUUAUCACCAUCAACACCGUUCUUCGCCACUAUGCCCGUGAAGCCAAUAUCGAGGCCAUGUCCGCCCUGUUCAGCAAGGCCGGGGAACUGAAACUCCAGCCGGACGUGGUGACGUACACGACCUUGGUCCAGGGACUGCUCCGUGCGCGACGACUCGAUUUGGCAAAAGGUGCGAUGGAUGCGAUGCAGAAGCAAGGGAUCGUCCCGAACGAGCGGAUGUGUUCGAUGCUUAUCGCGGACCUUGCCAAGUCGGGCACGCGUGUGGGGUUGGAACAUGCAGAAGAGAUGCUCAAGCUUAUGCAUCAGAAGAACAUGCAGACGAACGAAGUCACGUGGACGGCGCUGGCUUCGGGGUACUUUAGGGGCGGCUGGGAGGCGGAUGGGUGGGAGGCGCUGGCGAGGAUGAACAGGCUUGGGAUCAAGCUGCAUAGGGUGGGGUAUAACAUGCUCCUCAAGCAGGCUACGGGGAGUGUGGAUUCGAACGGCGGGGAGGACGAUGUGGAGACGGUGAUGAAGCUCUGGAGGAGGAUGCUCCAUGACGGGGUGGUUCCGAAUAGUGACUCGUAUCUCAUAGUGUUGACCAAGUUGCUGCAGAUGGACCGAAGGAAAGAGAUUGAAGAGAUUAUGCGGGAGAUGCGCCAGAGAGGAUUCCGGCCUGAAAAGGGGGCGUUGGUCAGGGUAGUGGAGAGUAUUAGUAGACGACGAUGAGUGCAUGUGGAUGGUACAAUUCUGCAGGGCUUUACAUCGUUGACAUUACGCGCUAUGAGAGGCCGAAGAAUGUGCGGCCGAGACCGAUUUGUUGAUAUCUUUCGUACGCUGCACGGCUAGUUAGCUCGAUCAUGCACUGCUGGCGGCGUGACGUACCCCAGAACGCCCACUGUCUGCCGAACCACUUUCCAAAGUACGGAAUGACGAUGAUGGAGAUGACGACCUCCAUCUGUCGCAGCGACUCUUCCCACUCCUCCUGGACGAUGGCGUCGAGCUCUGCGUCCGUGUCUCCGCUGUCGCUGC